GUAAUGAGAAGAGACUGGCAAGAAAACAGGACAUCAAGACGAUGCUGUUGUAUUGGAGAACUGUUCGGGCCACCCUAGUCCAAAUUAUAACGUUCCGAGGAAGAAAUUUUCAAAUAAGGUAUUAGCCAAGCAUUGAGGCUGGCGAAGGUGCUGCAUUAAGGUGUGUGUUGAUAUUGUACUGAUGCCAACGGGGGUCAAAGGGAGCUCUAACGGAAGCCCAAGGGAAACUUAAUCAGUAACCAACAUGCCUGCUCCAGCACAGGACAAUUUAAUGAACACAGAGGAAAAGGAACCUGGAAAGCCCAUCAAUUCAUGGACAGAGGACGGAAAAGCUACGACGACCCUAACAGGGAAAGGACUUAAACUGUACAAGAGAGAAGGGAGUGGAUUAAGCACACCUAAAGGGGUUCUGUAUUCGAGGACAACUGCGUCUCCGGUUAAGUCUUCAAUAGGAGGAGAGUGGGCACUUCAGGAGUGUGAGGAACAUACAGAUUGGGCCAAUGAAGUGCUGAAGAAGAACAAAUGUCGUUUAGUCGGAGACUUGCGGAAAAGUGUGGGGGAUGGCUUGACUCUGGUUAAUCUCCUGGAGAUUGUUAGUGCAGCAAAAGUUGAAGGGAUCCAGACCAAGCCAAUCAUAAGAGCACAGAAAGUGGAAAAUCUGCAGAAAUGUCUGGCGUUUCUCGAGGGUAAAGGUCUGGAUGUUCAAGGGAUUCAAGCAAGAGAAUUAGUCAGUGGAAAUCUCAGAUCUACUCUGGACCUAAUGAGCAACAUUAGGAAGUUUUAUGAUCCCCAGUAUCAUGGUGGAGGAGAGCGGAAGGACCAGAAUGGAAAUGUAGGGUCCCAGGGGUAUCCCCCCAGGCCUGGCUCCGCCCCUGCCAGGAGAGUUCUGGAGAAUGAAGGUCACACCCAGGUGCCACAAGGAAAUCCAGGAACCAGACACUAUCCAGAAGUCAAUGGCUUGGUCCACCAGAAGAAUAUGUACAAUGCUGCCCCUCCUGAGAUCUUGCCUGGCCUCAUGGCAAAGGAUGAUGCUGGGGAGAAGACAGAGGUUAGAGAGCCCAUAAUGUCCACCACAGAGCUUGACCCACAUGGUGUCUCCCAGCACGGUGCCAAUCAGCGGCGACAGCAACUCGCCAACGUGACUUUGAUGAACAACCGUCCUCGCAGUGCCAAAGCCAUUCUGUCUCCAGUACAGCACCAGCCACCAGCUUCAGUCAGCCAAGCCUGGAGUGGGGCUGCUGCCAACAGGCACAAUCCUGUAGCCACAGUAUCACCAAGUGUGGAAGAAAGAUUACGCUCACUAUUGAAUGAACAAGAUGCAACACAUCAUCAAAUUCAGGGUUACGAUGAGGGUGAGCUUCUUCUUCCUCCACCUCCACAAGUACGCACACCUCUGAGCCACGAUGAAGGUAUAGAUAACCCAAGUCUGGAAGAUGACGUCAAGGACACAGCCAUCUCAAGACUGAGAGACAAACACCAAAGAUCACCAAGUACAGAAGGGGAUGAUGGCUACCAGUCUGCUUAUGUGCCUUCACAGCCAGACGAGAAGCGCCAGGGACCACGGGGGCAGGUGUUGUUAGACAGAAUGCCCCAGCACGCCCUCUCCAGGCCCCCACCACAUUUGUAUACCUCUGAUUCAUCAACAAACAGCAGUUUUAACAUAAGCACCAAGUCCCCAGGGAAACAAAGGGAAAUGGAUAAUUCAAACAGUGAUCUGCGGGAUGCCUGUAACCGCUUGUACAGCAAGGACAGAAACACAAGUCUUACACAGUUUGCUCCUGCUCCACUCUCCCGUCCAACAAGUGCCACAGGUCCUAGGCCUUAUUUGCCCCCUGGUGCACAUCAUGGGUCAGGUUCACACAGCUCUGUUAGUCCAACCAGCUCUAGUUCGGCAUACACAACCCAACCUGGUGGGGGCAGUACCAGCCCUGACAGCAGUAACUAUUACAGAUCUCAGCUACCCAAUACUGGAGGGUACCCCAGGCCCAAUGUGGGAAAUACAGGAAAAUUUGUACCCCCAGGUGUUGGAGGUUCAGCACAAACUAGCCAGUCAGUGGGACCUUUGAAGGAGAGGUAUUUAAAACAACAGAGGGAGCUGAAUAAUAGGCCACCUGUUGCACCAGGACAGCAACAUAUCUCACAGGGAGAGCCUGCAAAACUUUAUGACGAAAUAGGCAGUGGGCUUAUGUCGUGGAUGCACAAAACAGGCCCACAGGACAAUAAAGGCAUGUCUUUCUUAGCAAACUUUACACGAGGCAUGCCUUCGACAACCACCCACUUCAAUCCUGGGUUCAUCAAUGGAGAUUUAAGUGGUGACGAAGAAAAUGACUUUGGUACAACCAUGAGCGAUACAUCUUCGAUGACACCUCCAUUACCACCGUUAUCCCCCUCCAACACCCCACCAGCCACACCCCCUGAUUCACCCACCUUGCCACAGUUUGCUCGCUCUAACAGUAACGUGGAACAUUCACUGAGUAGGCCAGACUUGAUCCUGAGCUCGGCAACAGGGAAUCUUGCAGGAAGAAAGAAACCUGUGAUGAGAAGAGCAUCAUCUGAAGGAACAAAUAAGAAGUCACCUGCCAAGGGUUCGCCAGUCAGGAAGCAGCAGCCAAGUAAGAUGGGAAGGGCAGGUGCCUCACUUUCUGAUGUUAAAGAAUAUGAAGAGGACACAGACACGGGGCAAGACUCUGCUGCCUGGGACACCAACGAUGAGACCCAAGACAACAAAUUCCAUGACAGUCUAGAUUCUAAUGAGGCCACAAUCAUACGGGAACAGUUAGAUGCAUUAGAGACAAUGUACCAUGAAAUACUAAAACUUCUCGGAGUGGAUAAAACGAGUAAAAUGACUAAUUUGAUGUCUGCUAGGAAAAAGUUUGGUUCAUCCAGUACUAUUAGUCGUGGCAAGGGAGGCAAGGGGAGCAUACACAGAGGAAGGGGGCCUAUGACCAAAGACAGUAUGAAAAACAUAAACAAAAGAUUUGCGCGGCUAGAAUCUCAUGUUGUGACAUUAGCUCGAAGUGUGGCACACCUGUCUUCGGAACUUCGAUCACAAAAUACCAUGUACGAACAGUUAGAAGCCCUGAAAAAGGAUGUCCGAGAAAUGAAGGAGCAGCAGCUGUCUGAAUUAGCCAAAAAUGGCAUUAACCCACAUGUGGAGGAGUGGGAAAGAUUCAGAGGAUGGGUUCCCUCACUUACCAACCCUAAGAGAGUUAAUAAACUCACCAAAUUUUUUGGUACUGAGCCUCCACUGUUACAGAUUUUCUUGAAGAAGCUAGGUUAUGAGAAAUACAUCCAUCUUUUUGAGAAGGAGCACAUUGGUAUGGUAGAGCUCCCAUACAUGACAGAUGAAAGGCUAGAGAAAAUUGGAAUUCCUCUUGGACCCAGGUUACGGAUAUUACAAGAAUCACAGAUGUGCUUCAGACAGGAGAAUUUUAAUAUAUACAUUGUAUAAAAUUUAUUUGCCUUGAGGGACACAACACUUAGAGGACUAUUUAGAUUUUUAAAAACAUUUAAAGCUGCCAAACCUAAAAUGCAUUUGAAUAUCAGGUCAAAACACUAUGUAAAUGAUUCAUUCCAUAUAUAAAUUAUUCAUGCCAGUGUUGGGUUAUUGCCCUUAAAAUUAUGUAACCUUUUUCUAAAUGUUCUAUUAUUUCUGUGUGAGUUUCAUCCUUUAAAAAAUACCAGUUUUUCCCACCAUGAAUGAGUUUAAGUGGUAAUAUUAAAGUAAAAAAUACAUGCUAGCCACUCUUUUGUUAAGCCCAGUCACGUAUUGGACGUAUUGAAGGGUGUUUUACUUGUAAAUAUUGAAAUAAUCUGACAGGUUUAUCAGAUGACUCUACCUCGCCCUUUUACUUUCUGUCUAAAGAAAACUACGGUUAGCAUCUUUUAUCUUAUGAUAGUUCUGUGCUUGAAAUAAUGGUUUGAUUUAAUAGAAUGACAAGAGGGCACCUUGUACUGCACAGUUUAUCACUUACAGUAUGAGUGAUUGUAGACAUUAUUUGAUAUAAUUUGCAUGCCACUUGUGCUAAACCCACUCAAAGAGAAAAGAGAUAAUAUGAGUAAAAAGUGGGACUUCGAUUUUUUAAAUGAAAUUAUACAAUACUCGCAUUAACAAUAGCCAAAUGUUCAAUUGUCUUAUUGAUUUUUUUCUGGAAGUUUUAUUUCGAACUGUCUCAUCUGUUGAAAUCGAGUACUUUUAAACUGCUUUUUAUUUAAUUAAUUAGGAAGUGGUUUUACAUUGAAUUGCACUCAUAGUAUUAUAAUUAAAUUAUUUUUGGCACAAGUAUUUUGCAUUAUGUCAGUCAGCAAAACAAUACACAUUCUACUCAUAAGAGAUCUUUGAGUGUGAAGGUAAAAAGUGCCUUUUUAAUAUGGGAUGUUUUCAAGUAGAUUUGGUAGAUUUAUACAUCUUAUUUACACAUAUGUCAUGCACAGCAAUCAUUUUCAUCUGUACAUAUUUGUAGAAAUUAGCUGUACAUAUCUACAGUGUACAUGUACCAGAAUAUGACAGUUUGGUUUUGUUUGUUAACUACAAAGUCAAUCUAAAAGUAAGCCAAUGAAUAAUUAAUUUAUGAAACAAUUUGAAUUUGAAUUUUCUGUUUAUACAUGUGUUUAUAGUACAAAAUACAUUGUCAAAUAUCUGUUAUUAUAUUCCAAUUCUGAAAAUAUUGUAAAAAUACACA